AAAGAAAAACAAAUCAGCUGCAAACGACAGGAGUGAAAAAAAUUAAGCAGUGAAAAUUUGAUCGACGGUGGGAAAAAAUGAAUUUAUCAAUGUAAAAAAGCAUCGAAUUGUCGCGAAAUUAUGUGCAAUAGUAAGCUCCUGUUGUAGUGAACAGUUUCUACUAGUUUUUUGCUGUAAAAAUCGAUACAUUUGGCGUGAAAGUUGGUGUUUAAUUGGAUGCGUUGCAAGUGAUUUUCCUCCCCAUAAUCGCUGUGUGAAACAUUUCCCUGAUGCAUUCUUGCCUCUCUGUUCGUUCCUUUUGUGCUGCUGUUGAUUGAACAAUAUCCCCUCUUCUGUUUAUGUGGGAGGAUGCACGGUUGGAAUCAAAACAAAAACAAUUUCACGCUACCAGCGCUGCGGACGCAUUGAAUUAAGGGCACUUGAUUCAAUUAGAAGAAAUAACAGGGUAGGCUUGCUUCGUUGCUGGUUGGAACGGAAAUCAGGAAUAAUGUUCGGAAGGACGGAAACCAAGAAAGACAGCUUUCUGGAACAAACCAAAGCCGCUCGGGAGGAAAGGGCCAACGAGCGAGCAAUUGAGGAGAAGAAAGACAAGUCGAUUGUUCUGUUGCAGAAGAACAUCCGUGGUUGGUUGGCUAGAACUAAAUUUCGCCGGUUGAUUUUAAAUGAAUUUGAUAAGCUAUUACCACCAGGUACAAACCCUGCCAAAGACAUCGAGCUCAAACCAUGCAUGCAGAUCUACCGUGCGGCAUCGCACUUCUUGUUGCAAUGGAAUUCAAGCUCACUAGCGAAAGCAGAUAAUUUGCAGCGCCUGGAGCGUCUUUGUCGCUAUCUGAUUGCUAGUCUGGAGUCGGAUUCCCCCAAAACUAGCUACGUCGGUGUAGCGUUAAACAAAGAGUACAGUCUCGCUUGGAUACGGCACAUUAAAAAGCUACUGUACCGUUGCUGCUUGGCAGUGGAACAGCUCCGGCCUGAAUGUCACAGCGAUAGCAUAUCAUUGGCCUUAUAUCUGCACACGUUAGUUGCGUUUACCUCGAUCAACAGCUGGGUACUGUUGAGAAACAAAUCGCUAGCCGGACUGAAACCAGGUAUGCUCCAGCUGUGCAGUAACAUCAUGGGAGAUUUGGUUCAGAAAGGCUUCUAUCUAAACUUAAGAAACGUUCUCGUGAGGGGAACCUGUCGAACUGUAAUAACACUAAAACCCAUCUCCCUAACGGCCAUCAUGACGCUGGCAGUUAGACCACUGAUUUCAAGUAAUUUUAGCGAAAAUCUUAUGUCUCAGUUUCUGGUGCAGGUUCUUUCUGUGCCGGGCAUAAUUUUCCAACUGGAGCAAUUUACCCAAGAGUGUCUUACUAAUUUGCAAUCACACCAUAUCCUGGAAAGAUCCUUGGACCUCCUUAGCACCGGUGCUUCCAUGAAGUAUGUGCUGAACACACUACAGAACAGCCUUCUCCUCUCACUCCUCUCGAACAUCGUCCAUCUGUACUAUCUGGAACCGCAGGAAAAUGCUUGCAAACUUGCCUAUCCUACGUUCACAUUUGUGGCGACCAAACUGCUGAAUGGCAUCCUCACAGGCGUCGGACAAUCCGGUGGAACUUGUUCCCAGUGGCACGAACUGCUCGGGUGGUUCACUCCCGGAAAGGAACGGCUGCAGAACGAAAAUCUUCCACUGAUCAAAAAACAAAUCCAUCUGCUGUGGAACCAUCGGCUGGUGAAGCUGCUACUUGGGGACAACCUGAAAGAACUGGCCGUGGGAUAUGAGGCUAUCGAGUAUACGAUCCCUAGUGGGAAUAGCACGGGAAAUUUGCUGAAACGAGCUUUGACCUUUGAGCGAGGUUUAGCCAAAGGGCCGAGUGAAAAGAAAACCAGUAAAAACUAUCGGAAGAUUGGUUGCACGGAAGUUUCGCGUGUUGCGCUCACCUGUGCGGUGUAUCAGGCGGCUCUCAGUGCCCUGUCGCAGCUGAGGCUGGAUAUUUUGUCAGGUCUAUGUUACAACGACACCGUUCUGCAUGAUCUGUGGCUAUUAUUGGGUUCACUAGGUCCUACGUGCGGAAUGAAAGGCUUCAUCGAAUUGCUGCAGGUCAAUCAAGUGAACUACGAACCUCCACUUUUGCUGUUGUCGCUAUUUUGCGAUUGCAUGACCCACUACGUCACAAUUCUGGACGAUCUAGAAAUGUACGAACAGCAGAAUCCGUUUACGCUAAACGAUUACAUCGCGUUAUCGCACUUCCUCAACACCUUCCUGUACCGGACGAUUCAGGAUCAGAUAUUCGACAUUAAAACCGUCACCAGUGCACCGCUGUUUGUAUCGACACACACGCUACUCCUCUGUCUGUAUCGUCGCGACUGUCGUCGACCGUUCGCUCCUCAAAAUCACUGGCUAAUUCGAGACAUUCGACCGUCGCACUUUCUAACGGAUCUGGAAAAGGGCAAAAAGCACACCCAGAUUCUGCUGCAAAAGAUGCCGCACAUAAUCCCGCACGAGGAUCGGGUGCAGUUGUUUAGAAAAUUUGUACAAAAUGAAAAGGCUGUUCUGGGAUUAACGGAAUCGGCAUGUGCGUCCCCCAGUUCGGCGCUGGUUACGGUACAUCGGGAUCGGAUAGUCGAGGACGGGUAUCGGCAGCUGGCUGCUUUGCCUCCUCAUGCCUUGAAAGGCGUUAUCCGGGUUAGGUUCGUCAACCAGCAGGGGCUGGAUGAAGCCGGUAUCGAUCAGGACGGAGUGUUCAAGGAAUUUCUGGAAGAAACAAUCAAACGUGUGUUCGAUCCUUCGUUAAACCUUUUCAAAACUACCACCGAACAACGGUUGUAUCCCUCGCCGACGUCUCACAUGCAGGAAAAUCAUCUACAGCUGUUUGAGUUCGUCGGACGAAUGCUGGGAAAAGCAGUGUACGAAGGUAUAGUAGUGGAUGUUCCGUUCGCAUCGUUUUUCCUGUCGCAGGUUCUGGGUCAGACGCAGCAGGCCCUGUACAGUUGCAUGGAUGAGCUGCCAUCGCUCGAUGAGGAACUGUACCGUAAUUUGACUUUUAUCAAGCACGACAAAAGUGAUGUGGCUGAUUUGGAGCUGACGUUCAGCGUUGAUGAGGAUAUGAUGGGAAGGAUUGUAACGCAUGAGCUGUACCCGGGUGGAAAGGCACGGGGAGUGAACAACGAUAAUAAGAUCAACUAUAUCCACUACAUGGCAUACUUCCGAAUGCACACGCAGAUACGAGAUCAAACUGCCGCUUUCAUACGCGGUUUUAGGUGCAUAGUUAAUCCCGAUUGGUUGGCUUUGUUUUCGACACCUGAGUUACAGCGACUCAUUUCCGGCGACACAGCCCCGUUGGAUUUAAAAGAUCUGCGAAAACAUACCCAGUACUAUGGAGGCUUCCACGACGGUCACCGCGUUGUCGGAUGGCUGUGGGAUAUUCUUGCCAAAGAUUUCACCGAGGAUGAGAAAAAACUGUUUCUCAAGUUCGUCACAAGCUGCUCCAAACCACCCUUGCUGGGAUUUGCCCACCUGGAACCUCCGUUUUCGAUUCGCUGCGUUGAGGUUGGCGACGAUGAAGACAUUGGCGACACGGUAGGAUCGGUGAUCCGUGGAUUUUUUACUAUUCGCAAAAAGGACCCGCUGAAUCGGUUGCCAACCUCGUCCACCUGUUUCAACCUGCUGAAGUUACCGAACUAUCAGAAGAAAAGUAUGCUUCGGGACAAGCUACGCUACGCUAUAUCCAGCAACACCGGGUUCGAGCUAUCCUGAAUUGUGUUCGGUCGAACAGACGGAGAUUGCAUCAUGCGUACUUUUGUAUCCUGUGUUGGUAUCCCAAGAUGGAACGGAUGUUAUUUAUCAUAUUUUCUACUGGAAACAAAUGGAAAGCUACGCGAAAGAAUAGCGUACCCCAACAGUGAAAGCUGCACCAAUCCAGUGAGAUAAACUCUAUCACAAUUUCAUAUACAUAUUUAACUGCGGGCUCUGAAGCAUCAGUGGAAGAACAGAAAACAUAUUUAGAGAACUAUAUACGAGAAAAUAUGAUGUAUUAACUGUGAUAGUAAGAGUUAAUUUAAGUCACACACACAUAUAGAAGAGAUUAUUUCCUAUAUUUUAGGCCUCAAAAUAUCUUCCGUAGCCCAUGAAAGAUUAAAAUGCCACCCAGCUUGCUUGUGGUUAUGUUAGACUGACAUAACAAACGAACAAACAUGCGGUUCACGUUUUAUUUCCUAUCUUUUCGACUAUGUCUAUUCGUGACGGGGAUCCCAGCGAUCAUACACAUUCAAUACGCGUACUAUUCGGUGUUAAGUGUAGCGCUUUACAGCAUCGCCAAAAUGCAAAUUCUAGUUUAGGCUAGCUGGAUUGAUUUGGUUAGGUCUAGAUUUAUGUGACGAUCAAUUCAGUGUAAGUGUUAAAUAGCAUGGCGUUCGUUAAUAGGCAGGUAAAUUUGUUGUAAGGAAAACUUCCGAAGUUGAAACUUUGAAUAAAGCUUAUUCAUAAUAA